AUGAUUGAUAUUGCGGCUCGGGGGCUUUGCGGGGUCGAAAAACUUCCAACAGACAAGAAUACAAAAGUCGAUGAUGUCAAUGUACCAAGACUGGAGUUGGGAUGCUUGCCAAGAUACGACAUGUCUAAAGACAUCGGUAUUUGA